AUGGCUUCAGGAAUGGAGCAACGCGCAAUGAUGAUCGACAAGGAACAAGGUGCUCGCCAGAAGGAGUUUCGCGAGAACUUGGAGGCGGCUCGCAAGCAGCGAGAACAGCAAGAGAGUCAGUCUGUCGAUGCUUCUGCUUCUGAUUCUACCUCAUCCCCUAUCUCCCGUGAUCGCCUUCGUGAGUACGCCACCGCUCCCACUGCUCCGCAUGCGAGCAAUGCGAGCAGUAACAAUGGCCGUGCUGUGUUUGAUGCCGCCGAUAGUCUUGACCAGAAGGGAUUGGGCUCACUUUCUUCCCACCGCUUUCUAGGAGACGAACAACUGCUGGAUUCCUCGCACUCUCCCAAGCGCGGUCCCUUGUCCUCCCUGAUAUACGGAACGAAGGAAGGCCAACAGCUCGACAAGGACAUCGAGCGGUCGUUUUCGCAGGUUCUGGCUCGCGGCAAAUACGUCCACUCCAUCGUCUUCCACGAAGUGAAGCCCGACAAAGUCGACGAGUAUGUUGACCUCGUGGGCCAGUGGUAUCCCCGGAUGGCCGGCACCGAAGAAAACAGGGUGAAUCUGGUCGGAAGUUGGCGCACUCAGGUGGGCGACAACGACACUUUUGUCCAUAUCUGGGAGUAUCAACGAUACGAGGGCUACCAUGCCUCCCUUCACAACAUUUCCGAACACCCCGAGUUCCCCGAAUUCGAUCGGAAGUUAAAGAGCUUGAUCAAGAGCAAGAAGACCUCGCUGAUGCAGGAAUUCUCCUUCUGGCCGACUACUCCGCCCAGACGUCUGGGCGGACUUUUCGAACUUCGGUCCUACACUCUGCAUCCCGGAAACCUGCUGGAAUGGGAGACCCAUUGGCGACGUGGGCUUAAAGCUCGCCGCGAAGUCAUGGAGGGCGUGGGAGCAUGGUUUGUCCAGAUUGGGGACUUGAACACUGUGCAUCACCUCUGGCAGUUUGCCAACCUGGAGGAGCGCAAGAUUCGCCGGGAGCAGUCAUGGGGCAUCGAAGGCUGGGCGGAGACCGUGCACAAGACCGUGCCUCUCAUUCAGACGAUGCAAAGCCGCAUCUUGGUCCCCAUGCCCUGGAGUCCCGUGGGAUAG